AUGGCCGAAAAAGACCCUACAGCUCGUCUUCGAAGAGCAGUUAUUGAGAAUAAUCUCUUCCUCGUGAAGAGACUGGUACAAAGGACUGACCAGCGGAAUCCCGAUCCAAGUCAUCAACGUUAUACUUCUCUUGCGUGGGCGGCAGUACAAGGGAAUGAGGAAACGUUCGAGUUCUUACUACAAAAUGGCCACGAUGACUACGAGUGCAGUAGGGAUGUUGAAAAUAAUACCAUUCUUAUGCUGCUAGCUGAUCAACGUGGCGCCUUGGGCGAUCCUUACACACUGUCAAGCAACGGCGAUAUUCACAGGGCUGCUUUACGGAUGGCAACUCUGUACUAUGAGCGAUACCCUAAAACAUUAGACUGGACAAAUAUCGAAGGGAAGACACCCCUACACGCUGCCGCUCUCAAGGGUAAUGAGGAACUCGUUCGGAUGUUAUGUGAUCUGGGAGCCGAUUUUAACUUGUCUGAUAAUGGAGGGAACACUCCCUUGCACUACGCUAGCGCUUGGGGACACAUUCCCAUUGUCCAACUCCUCAUCGAACGCGGAUGCCAAUACUCUGCUCGGAACGAUGAAGGCUAUACUGCCUCUGAUUAUGCGUACUCAUAUAGCACUCGAGAUACACUCCAAGAUGCUGCCCGCUUACAGUUUGAGCUUAACAAGAAAUCUCGACGGGCUAUAUUUGCUCAAGCUGCACAUCGUGGUGGAGAACAAUUGGGAAUAGUACCACCAAAUUUACAUUCUGAGAGCUUACGGACUAGGGAAAUCAGAUCUCCUAUGCAACGGAUGCGUAGUGGAUCUGGCACUAGCCGCACCACGAACACUUCUGACAGUGGAGAGUACGAGAAUGGUUUAGCAGCCCCUCAUAGUCAUUCUUCCUUGUCUUCUUCCCCGUCAUCGCAGCCAUCUGCGAGCUCUCACUCUCAUUAUCACCCACCGACAUUAGGUCAUUCAGCUUCUGCUAGCGCGACAUUCCCUGGACAGUUGAAUCCUCCCGCCAAUCCCGCUUCCGCAUUAUCUCAGCUCGCUUCCCGCGUGAGAGAGCGAGAUGCGGACGCGAUGGAGAAAUACAUGAGACGAAAUCGAAGCGAAAGCUCGUCAACGGACAACAAAUCGAUAAAUGGAUCUUAUACUUCGGCAGGUCCGUCAACGAAUGGAGACAAUUUCACAUCCCUCGGGGUCUUCCCCUCAAGUGGUUCCACCACGCCUAAACGGUUACGGCCCUCAAUAUCCGCGAGCCACUUACGGUCAGCUGAACCCCCUCUUUCUCCAACGCCAGAACAACCCGAGAUUCGAACGCGCUCUGGAACAGGGCCAAGCUCUUCUCGUCCAUCUCCGCGCCCUCUUCCAACGCUAAAUCGGUCGUCAUCAACUUCCAACUCACCACAACCUCUGAGCAACCAAAGUCGUGUUCAUGAGGAGCCUGGAAGCUUCACAGGACCACCAAGCCAGUAUGCUCAAUUCCCCGAGCCUCCUUUGCCUUCUGAAGAUAAUAGUACGCCGACUGCCGGGCGACGGAUGGCGUUCCAUUCUUUGGCGAAACCUUUACCAGGUCUUGAUACCCUCACGGCUGGCCAUAGAAGAGGGAUGUCUGCUGCCUCGUUUCGUGGUGCAUAA